AUGAUUCACCAACAUUUCCAACCGCCGUGGGUAGCUCCAUUUGAUGAAAGUGUUAAAGCAGAACUAUCUGUUACCAAAAAUGAUCCCCCAUUCACCAGUUUCCAGCUCGCCACUAUCGACUCCGAGACGGGAUAUCCCCAAAACCGAACUAUGGUGUAUCGUGGAUGGUUAUUUGACAAUAAGGAAUCAAGUGUUAUAACGUUCACUACAGAUAAGCGAAUGAGUAAAUAUAAAGAAUUAUUACAUAAUGACAAAUGUGAAGCUGUGUUUUAUUUCAGUCGGAUAAAAAAGCAAUUUCGACUUCGUGGUAGAGCAAGGAUAAUUGAUGAACAAAAUCCUCCUCUUGAUUUGAUUAAUGUUCUUAAUCAAGAAGAGGAAACAGAGCAUCAGAUAUCUACUGAUAUCACUCAAGAAUUGAAUCGGCAAUGGUCAAAUCUAUCGAAGUCACUCAAGAAAUCUUUUAAGAAACCAACUCCAAAACUGAUAAUGAGUGAUGAAAAUGCAAAAUUAAUAAGCUCAAUUCAUCGUGGAGUUGAUGGGAAAAAUAUCGAUUAUGGAUUGAAAAAUUUUGCUUUGGUGGGGUUAUUUAUUGAUUAUGUUGAUUAUUACGAUUUAGAAAAAGAUAAGAGGUAUAUUUACCAAUUAGAUGAAAAUCAUCAAUGGUUUGAACAAGAAGUUUGUCCCUAA